AGGCGACGCGGGGCUCGGCGCUGCGCGGCGGGGCAGGAGGCAGCGCAGCCGCCGCUCCCCUCGGCCCGGCCGCGCCGUGUGGCAGCGCCUCUGUCAAUCAGCCUGACUUCACUCCUGCACGCCCUGUGUUCCCAGUAUUAUACCCCCGCCGCCUCCUGGUGUCUCUGCUUCGCUGCGAGCCGGGAGCGCGGCCGCCACUGCCGCUGCCGCUGCGCCUGGGCGAAUGCGCGGGCGGCGGGGCGCGGGGCAGCGCUGAGCGGCGCGGAGCGGCGCGGAGCCGGGCUGCCGCCGGGCCGUCCCGGUGCGCUCGGCGCGGCGCUCGGCCGGCUGCGGGCAGCCCGGGCGCCGGCCGCGGCCGCGGGGCCGCCGCGAUGGAGCGCGCCGCGGGGAUCGCCUGCGUCCUGCUGUGCUGGGCGCUCGCCCUGCCCGCCGGCGCCCUGCGGCGCCCCGGGGACGGAGAUCCUGUUUUGAGGAGUAUAGAGGAGUACAGCCUUGUCAUCCCCACCAGCACCGAUGCAGAGGGCAGGUUCCUAUCCCACUUGGUGUCUGGACCGCCAAAAGCACGCUUCAGAAGAGCUGCGGAGGACUUGCAACAUGAAGCGGCAAAUGAGCAAAUAUUUUACAAUGUCACUGUUUUUGGAAGAGAGUUUCACUUCAGGUUGCGGCCAAACUCCAGGCUUGUCGCCCCUGGAGCAACAGUUGAAUGGCAGGAGGACUCCGACGAGACUCACAUUGAACCUCUCUAUGGGAAUUGCCUCUAUGUUGGGGAUAUCACUGAUUUGCCAAAUGCUUCGGUUGCUAUCAGCAAUUGCGAUGGGCUGGCUGGCAUGAUUCGCACGGACAAGGACGAAUUCUUCAUUGAACCUCUGGAGAAGGGGGCCCAGGAGGAGGAGGAGGGAGGAGGCAGGACACACGUGGUCUAUCGCAGAGCAGCUGCCAAGAAGCAGUUUCCUAUGGAGAGCACAGAUAUCCAGUAUAAAGAGGCGAACCUCACUAAUUUGGAUCGUCUCGACGGCGUGUUGAGCCUCAUCGAAGACCGGGUACGUAGCUCCGGGCGACGCUCUCGCCGGCACGCCACCGAUGAUGAUUACAACAUCGAAGUUCUGCUGGGCGUUGACGACUCCGUUGUUCAGUUCCACGGGAAGGAGCACGUUCAGAAGUACCUGCUGACCCUGAUGAAUAUUGUUAACGAAAUUUACCAUGACGAGUCCUUGGGUGCUCACAUCAAUGUCGUCCUGGUGAGGAUAAUCCUGCUGAGCUACGGAAAGUCCAUGAGUCUAAUAGAGAUUGGGAACCCUUCUCAAAGUCUGGAGAAUGUGUGUCGCUGGGCCUACUUGCAACAGAAACCUGACACUGGGCACGCAGAAUACCACGACCAUGCUAUCUUCCUCACAAGGCAGGAUUUUGGUCCAUCUGGCAUGCAAGGCUACGCUCCAGUCACUGGAAUGUGUCAUCCUGUUCGAAGCUGCACGCUCAACCAUGAAGACGGUUUUUCAUCUGCGUUUGUGGUGGCCCAUGAAACUGGACAUGUGUUGGGCAUGGAGCACGACGGCCAAGGGAACAGAUGCGGGGACGAAGUGCGUCUGGGGAGCAUCAUGGCCCCGCUGGUGCAAGCUGCCUUUCACCGCUUCCACUGGUCUCGCUGCAGCCAGCAAGAGCUGAAUCGAUACCUCCAUUCCUAUGAUUGCCUGCGUGAUGAUCCUUUCGAACAUGACUGGCCUUCCCUUCCUCAGCUGCCAGGAAUUCACUACUCCAUGAAUGAGCAGUGCCGUUUUGAUUUUGGUUUGGGCUACAUGAUGUGCACAGCUUUCCGUACGUUCGAUCCCUGCAAGCAGCUGUGGUGCAGUCAUCCCGAGAACCCCUACUUCUGCAAAACGAAGAAAGGGCCUCCGCUGGAUGGGACCAUGUGCGCCCCAGGGAAGCAUUGCUUCAAAGGUCACUGCAUCUGGUUAACACCAGAUAUCUUGAAACAGGACGGACACUGGGGGGCAUGGAGUAAGUUUGGCUCUUGUUCUCGCACGUGUGGCACAGGGGUGAAGUACAGGACGCGGCAGUGCGACAAUCCACACCCAGCCAACGGAGGCCGCACAUGUGUGGGGCCAAGCUAUGAGUUUCAGCUUUGCAACACUCAGGAUUGUCCUAAGGACUUUGAGGAUUUCAGAGAGGAGCAAUGCAGACAGUGGGAUCCCUACUUUGAGUAUCAGAACACAAAGCACCACUGGCUCCCCUAUGAGCACGUUGAUGCUAAAGAAAGGUGUCACUUGUAUUGUGAGUCUGAAGAAACGGGUGAUGUCGUAUACAUGAAAAGGAUGGUACAUGAUGGGACUCGUUGCUCCUACAAAGACCCUUAUAGCAUCUGCGUGCGGGGAGAUUGCUUGAAAGUUGGGUGCGAUAGGGUCAUAGGUUCCACAAAGCAGGAAGAUAAAUGCGGUGUUUGUGGAGGAGAUAAUUCCCACUGCAAAGUGGUGAAAGGAACAUUUUCAAGAGUACCAAAGAAACAAGGGCACGUUAAGAUGUUUGAAAUUCCUGUUGGUGCAAGACACUUACUUAUACAGGAAACAGAUGCCACCAGCCAUAAUCUCGCAAUUAAAAAUCGUGAAACAGGAAAAUUCAUUUUAAGCGAAGACAACUACGUGCCAGACUCUAAAGUAUUUAUUGACAUGGGUGUGGAGUGGGAAUAUCGGAAUGAUGACGAUAGAGAAACCGUGCAGACCAUGGGGCCUUUGCGUAACGGCAUAGUUAUUCUGGUGAUUCCUCACGGCAGUGCCAAGAUAUCUUUGACUUACAAGUACAUGAUCCACGAAGAUUCCUUGAAUGUAGAUAACAAUAACGUUUUGGAAGAGGACUCAGUAUCGUAUGAAUGGGCUCUGAAAAAAUGGUCCCAGUGUUCAAAGCCUUGUGGAGGAGGCUAUCAAUUCACGAAAUACGGCUGCCGGAGGAAGGCAGACCACAAGAUGGUUCAUCGGAGUUACUGCGAGCUGAUCCAAAAGCCGAAGCCCAUUCGCAGAGUGUGCAACCUCCAGGAGUGCUCCCAGCCCAUCUGGGUUACAGGAGAAUGGGAGCCUUGCAGCAAGAGUUGCGGGAAGACGGGCUACCAGGUGCGAUCUGUCCGAUGUAUCCAGCCCCUGCACGAUAACACAAAUCGGUCUGUUCACACCAAGUACUGCAACAACGAUCGUCCGGAAGGCCGGAGGCCUUGCAACCGGGAGCUUUGUCCAGCACAGUGGAGAUUAGGACCCUGGUCACAGUGCUCUGUCAGCUGUGGCAACGGCACGCAGGAUCGCCAGGUUCUGUGCCGGACCAGGGACAACACUGCCGGCUUUUGUAAAGAAGAUAAACCAGACACCGUAAGGAUUUGCAGACUACCUCCGUGUCCCAGAAACGUUUCUGAUCCUUCGAAGAAAACCUACAUGAUACAAUGGCUGUCGAGACCUGAUCCAGACUACCCCAUCCAGAAAAUAUCUUCAAAAGAUCAUUGUCAAGGAGACAAGUCAAUGUUUUGUCGCAUGGAAGUUCUCUCGCGUUACUGUUCGAUUCCUGGUUACAAUAAGCUGUGUUGCAAGUCCUGUAAUAUGUACAACAACAUAACAGAGGAGGACAAUGUAACCGAUUCUAACGUAAAUAAGAAUAAUGUCAUCGAGGAGGAGCUCCUGACAACCCUCAGCACUCCCGUGGCAGUCUCCACUGCGCAGGCUGCCACCAGCCCUCCUCUCCUUCCCAAAACAACUGCACCUCCUUCCAAUGCAACCGAGGAGCACCCGGAAAUUAAUGCGGUCGAUGUCCCCUAUAAGAUCGAUGGGCUGGAUAACGAAGUAUCGCAGCACAACAUCAUCACCCGGAGGAGGAUACCUUAUGAAAGGACAAGGAAUCAACGAAUUCAGGAGCUGAUUGCUGAGAAAAGGAAAAAAGAGACUCUUAGGAAAAUAAACUAAAGCGGAAAUAUGGCACAAACAAAAUUUUUUCUCUUAUAGAGAUGGUACCGACAUCAUAGUAUUGCCCAUGUCAUAGAGACUAAAAAUGGGGAAAAUCAAAGUGGUGCUAUGGCAGAAAUGCCAAAUCCUAAAGUCUACUCUAAAUGGCAAUGACAGAUUGUUUCAAAAGUGCUAAUCUAAACACUUUGAUGGCUAGGUUUACAGGGUACGGUAGAGUAUUAGUGCAAUAUCAGUACAGCAUUUCACUGAAUCCAAACAAACCGUAAUACCUACGCCAGGUUAGCAGGUUUCUCGUUUAUGGGCUCUUUUAAUUCUUCUAUGCCUGUGUAAAACUGCUGGGGAAUAGUACUGGGAGUUACAUUUAGGAUGGAGGAAAACAGUCCCAAGACGAAAUAAAUCCCCUGAACAGUGACAAGCAGGUGGUCAGCUCUCCUGUGAUGCUCCCGUGCAUUGCACAAACCCGGGCACUAACUCAGCCCCGGUUCAGGAAGGUGCUUAAGGACAUGCCAGGCUGUGUGGGGCUGCCUUCGGUGGGGCCGCCUUCGGUAGAGCUGCUCGCACGGCUGUGGCCAGGCAUGUGCUUACGUGGCUUUCUCAACCGGGUCUGCAUAAGGAAAUAUAUAGAAAAUUCUGUAGCCAUAUAUUUAUGUGUAAAUUAAAACUCGACAACCAGUAGUUUGCGUAUUUCCAUAAACAAUUUCAAAGCAUUCUCCUAAACAGUCGAAUACAUGCGAGACACUUAGGGUAGAUCCAGCCAACGUGGACUGACAACAUCCUAGUCUUUCUGUUUACAAGUAUCCUUAUUUUUUGAUAGUCUUUAAGCUCCUGUAAUGCAACAGCCUCAGUGAUCUUAGUUGGUUGGUGCUUUUUUUUGGUCCGUUUUUUUUUUUCUACCCGUGUGCUGUUUAACUUAAAAAUGACUGGAUUCUUGUUGCCUUUUCUUUGGUGCUUUGUGAAGCCAACUCUUUUUUUCUCCCAUAGUACAAGGUUAUUUUGGAGGAAAUAAUUGUUUUGUUUUAUCUUCCUUUCCUUAGGACAGCUGUAUCGGUGCAAAGGUGCGCAGUUGUCCACUGUGCACCUACACAUACACAUAUACACACACACACGCACUCACAGUACCAGGUCUGCUAGAAACGUAAAGACGUGUAACCCGACAACCCUUUGAGUACUCUGUCUCCCCUCAGGGUCACCAUGGUUUUCAUAGGUAAUUUCGCAUUCCUGGUUGGAGAUUGGGAGACAACUUCAGAUUGACUCUUUAGUUUCGGGAUUGAUCUGUGUUCGAGGUUUGGGAGUUUCGGGAAGGUCUUGCCUUCCAAUACUUAGUGCCAGAAUUAUUUCAGUUAUUUCAGUCUGAGUGUAAGAACAUCUCAUUCUCCAGCCUUCUCGUUAGCCUGAGCUGUUCUUCAUUUGAAGCAGAGCCAGUUAUAAGCCUGUAUCAUCACAUGAUUGUUGGAUAGGUGCUAAAUUUCCAGCAAUGUGUGAGCUCUUACAUCGCCCAGCUGCUGGCAAAGACCUGCUGAAGUUUGCAAAGCAAACCACAUGUGGCUUCCCGCUGCCAGCCUGGGGCUUGGCUUUUGCCGCAAACAUCACGGCUCGGUGGGCUACCCCGUCCCCGCUUCCAGACGUGCUGAUUCGGCUGGGAAGGAGAAGGCAGGAGCAUGCAGCAAAAGCAGUCUUUGCAGCACGAAUGUCGAACACGCUGCCUGAGCUGUGUGACCAGAAGGCUUUGAAGGACAGGAGCCUGGUUUAACAGAAAUCACUUACGGAGAUCCUAGCCAAAGUAGCGAAGGAACGUGUUGAGAUGGUGUGACAGCCUCAACUUGCCUUUCUUACAGAGGAGCACGGUGAAGCUUUCAAAAAGAGUGUUUCGGAGCAGCUCAGACAGUACAGUGAUGGGAGUUAUAUUGAAGACCACGAAGAACGGGCACUGUAACAGGACUGAUAAAAAUCAAAAGUGCUAAGAAACGUCUUCUGGGCUGGGAUCACUCGGUCUCCAGCAGACGCGUCACCAGAUGUGAGAGCAGCAGACAGUGCAAGCACCAGGGACGCACAGACACCCCCAGGCCUCCUGAGCUGGCUUGGCAAGAUCUCCUGUCCCUCUUCCACACUAAGCUGCUCUAACAGCUGUUGGAAGGAUGCUGUAAUGUGUUUUGGUUUUAAAAAGUAAAAUUAAAGCCCCACAGCAUAGCAGCAGUGAGCAGCGGGUGGGUUAGGGCAGUUGCAGAGAGACGAGCACAGCAGACUCAGAGGACAACUGGGAGGGACACACAGCAUUUUCCCGCAGGUGAAGGGUGCUCAUGUUUAGUUGCCUGUAUAGGAGCCUUUGCUUGCCCCCAGCCCCGCUCCAUAGGUGCCUGCCGCUACCGAACUGCGAUGCACAGACGAGCCCAGCACUGAUCCGCAGUGAGCAGCAGCCUCAUGCAGAGGGAUUUGCAGCUGCCUGCAGACAGGACAGUGCAGGGUCAGGUCACAUCCGUGUAAAACAGAGCAAUGUAGUAAUGAGCACCGAAGGGUGCUAUUUGUGUGCUAUUUAUAGGUAAGAAAGAAGUGUCUAAAUCAACACCAUUCCAGCUGCUGCACAUAAAAAUCUGGCCAUGAGUCACGCAAGCUGUAUUGGGGCUCAUUGCGUGUAGGUAUAUUGAGUAUUUCUUGCUUUCCACAUUUUCCUUGCACAGAUGUGAUUAAUGUAAAAACUCAUCUCUUCCUCUUCGGGUUAUUAUCCUGCUUGUAGGUCUAAGGACAGUAAAAAUAAACCACAACCCCAAGACUUUAUGUACCUAGAAGCACAUCUAAGCAUGUGAUAAACUUAAGAGGAAAAAAUGACCAAACCAAGGACAGAGAAAGGCUGUGGCUCAGAAUUAUGCUGGUGGCCACUAACGCCUUUAGCUCUCCUACCUUCUUAUUUGUGAUAUAUUCUGCGACUCCUCGCGUCCCUUCGCUGGCUCUCCGAGGGCUCUUCUUUGCUGUAGGAUCCUUGAUAAAUCUUUAUUCUCUCACUCUGAUACAGUCUUGGCUCAGGAGUUGGUAGAAGUCUGCCACCUGAAUGGUGCUCUGUUUUACUCUCUGGUACUUGAUGAAAAGCCGCUUCUCCUACCUUCAGAAGCCUGUGAUACCUCAUCUAAUAGCUUCUGUUCUUCCUUGGUAUCUGGAAUAGGCUUAGCCAAGGAGGGCACGCGAAGAAACGCUACGUGAUAAAUGCCCAUGGUUCAAACACUGCCUUACAAAUAGGCUGUUCUCUCCAAAGGACUUCUAAGUUAGCAAGCAGAAAAGGAAAUUUAGUUGGUGCAACUUCAAGUGACCUUUCUGCAAGCACCGUGGUGAAAGGCUUGCUCUGCUGUAGCCACCCAGUCUUUAAAAGGGGUUCGGCAGUUCUGUUCUGGGUAUUUCAAGCAGUGUCAGGCAGUGGGCAGGACUGCCGUGGGCAUGUCAGAGCUCCCAGCACGAGGGGUGACCCACAGGGGUUAGCUCUCGCGCAGCGUGGACAGCACUGGCUGAACUUGCAAAGCUGGUUCUGCCUUCAGAGACCUGUUUGUAACUGGGACACUUUGCUCUUUCUCCAGAGUGAGAGUUCUCAGCCAAACGAAACAAAAGUAUUUUGCCAAUCGAGAUGGAAACGUGCUGCAUGCGACCCUGGAGGAGGCUCACAGAAAGCUGGUCUGGGGCUGGGCUCCAUACGGUGGUCAUCAGCGGCCUGAAUCAAGGCCAGGUGGCAUCCACACUUAGGACUUGCUCCUUUUUCAGUCUCACCUUUUGGAGGAGUUCAUUUCACUUACUUCUGACUAUUUUUAAUUCUAAUGAGUAUUUUUCUAACUGUUAUUUGGGGAACACUGGAAUUACAUGCGAAAGAGACCCUUCACCUUAGAUUGCUGAAGACAGUGAGAAGCUGGUGGGCACAGAGUGGCCCACUGCCUUGCGGCGCACAGCCACCAGCUACCUUCUCCGUACAGUCCGCCUGUACAAGAAAAAAAAAAGUCUCUCCUCAUAGCAGGAAAGCUUUUUCAAGGUGGCUUUAGUAUCUCAGAAGAUAUUUUUGAGAAGUUCCUCAAGAUAGCGGGUUCCUAAAGUCAUGCACAAUGCCACCCUGCUGAAAACCCAGAGCAGAGCUCUGCCAAUUCAGAAAAAGCAACACAAAGCAGUGGAAGGGGUGGUCCGCUCUCAGCUGAGCUUUGGUCCUUUUCCUGCUGUGGAAUUUUUUUGGUCACUUGUUGGUCGGUUGAACUUUAGACAACUGUUUCGUCUUUUCUUCAGUGCUGUAAUUGGGCAAAAGCAUCAUCAUAGUUUGCCUUCUUCCGUUUUGCUGUUGCCCAGGUACUGCAUUUAGAGACAUAAUGAGCAGAGAGUGGUAUUUUAAUUUAACUUAAUCCUCAGAAGCUAAAGAAAGCAGGUUUAUAAGCAAAUCAAUUUAUAUUCCUGCAGAGACUGCUUGAUCUGAGAGCUACAGUAAUGUAGUCCCAUUAAGCAAUGCAUUUUCUGAUAUAUUUCUGAUACAUGAAAGUACACGACGUUCUAAAUAAUCAUUUUUCUAUUUGUCUAAACUUAAAAUCCAGGUGUCAGCCCUCACCAAAAAAAUAAAUAAAUAAUCCCAAACCAGUUCUAUUUCCUUUGGCUCCAAUCUACUUCCAUUUUUUUUCAGCCACAUUCCUUUAGAAAUGUCUGUAAUCUCUUAUGAAUGCAUCACUUUUUCUAUUAACAUAUCCAUUCAAUAUUUAGAGUCUCACAAUGUCUACAUAGAUGCUUUCAGAUUAUUUUGAGAAUUCUAUAAAUGGUGCUUUACCAGUACUCAAAGGGUUUUAUGUUUUAUUUUAUUAUGUAAUGCAUUUAAUGUCUUAUUUACUCACCUACAAUGCACAGUAUUAGCUAUGUUCAUCUGAAUAAUUAUAUGCAACUUCCAUUCACUUACAUAUGCCUUAACAGAAAUUGCAAUAAAUAGCCAUUUCGUGUAUAUUAAAAAUGUAUAUACAAAUUAGAAUCUUUAAUUUUAUAAUUUAUUAAAUUUAAAUGUGUCUGUUCUUUUGCAAAGUG